AUGUGGCGCGACCGCAUUUCAGGCCAGUCUACGCCCAACAACCGCACCCUCUCUCCUCUACCGCGACGGUCCUCCUCCCAGCUUAACCCAGGCCCCUAUGGCCGGCCGGGCAUAACUUCCAAAACAUCUUCUACCUCCCUCCUCGUGACUCCAAGUGAUUCCACCGCAUCCCUGCCAGCAACUGCACGCACAGCCAAUGGAUCUCCAUUGAAACAGACGAGCAUUCAGCGACCGCGACCUGAUAACGUUCCCGAUCCGUUGGAAGUCUUGAAUAACAUCAUUGGAAAGGAAACCCAGCUGGAGACAAACAGAGCACAAUCGUUCGAGCUAGACAAACCCACACAUAUCGUGGAAAUUAUUCAAUUUGAUGGGCUAAGUCUUGAGGACUUUCUGACAAAGGAAGAACCCCCGAGGAAGAAGACCCGGGACAGCGAUGUUAAUGCGCAAACCGUUGAGCAUUUUGAGCAAGAGCGGGAUAAGUUUCAGAAAUUACAUACGUCAAUCACCGGCUGCGAUGAAGUGUCCAAGUCAGUUGAGCUGUAUCUCAAUGACUUCCAGACCGAGCUGGGUGCUGUAUCAGCAGAGAUUGAGACACUGCAAUCUCGCUCGACACAACUCAAUGCAAUGUUAGAGAACCGGCGAAAUGUGGAACGGCUUCUAGGACCUGCCGUAGAAGAGAUCAGCAUUUCCCCUAAAGCAGUGCGGACAAUCGCCGAGGGCCCGAUUGAUGAGAACUGGGUGCGUGCUCUGAACGAGAUUGAUACUCGAACAACGAAUAUUGAAGCCAAGGCAGCAUCCGCCAAUGGUUUCAAGGCAAUUGAGGAUGCGAUCGAAAGAAUCAGAGAUUACUUGGUUCAACAAAUCCGAGCAAUGCGGUCCCCUAACAUCAACUCCCAAAUCAUCCAACAACAACGAUUGGUCAAGUUUAAAGACCUAUACAGUUACCUCUCAAAAGCCCAUCCGAAGCUGGCUGGAGAGAUCUCACAGGCAUAUAUUAAUACGAUGCGCUGGUACUACACAUCUCAUUUCACACGCUACCUUCAAGCACUCGACAAGGUCAAGGUGUACCCUCCAGACCGCAAUGAGGUGCUCGGAGGAGAUCCCUCUUCACAUCGAACAGGAAAUAUUCUACCUGGUGGCCGGGGUGGCUCUGCUGCACAUGAUCCUUUCUCUCUGGGGAGAAGGGUCGAUAUCCUCCGAACUGGCAAUCUACAAGCCCUGUCCUCAUAUUUAGCCGAAGAAGAUAAUUCCUAUCAUGGGAUCGAAGUGCCUUUCCGUAACUUCAACCUGGCUUUGGUUGACAACGUGUGUGCUGAAUAUUCUUUCCUUACGGAGUUCUUCUCUGCCAAAACCUUCCAUGAAAUCUCUCGCAACGCGGUGGAGAUAUUCCAGCAGGUCUUUACCUUGGGUCAAAACCUCACCAAGAGGCUGAUAGAACAAACCACCGAUUCUUUGGGUGUCCUGAUGUGUGUUCGCCUGAACCAACACUCUGCCUUUGAGCUCCAGCGCCGCAAAGUGCCCGUCGCAGACUCUUACGUGAAUGGAAUCAACAUGCAGCUCUGGCCACGCUUCCAGGUGAUCAUGGACCACCACGGUGAAUCCCUCAAACGCGUUGGGUCCAACACGGGACGCAGUGCUGUUUCUGCCCUUUCUCUUGCAGGCGGAGACGACCUCAAGCAAUCGUCGGCACCACACUUCCUAACCCAACGGUUCGGCCAGCUUCUUCACGGAAUCCUUGUUCUGAGCAGCGAUGCCGGAGAUGACGAACCGGUUUCGAACAGCCUUGCUCGCUUGACUGCCGAGUUUAACACCCUCUUGGUGAAGCUCAGUCGCAAUGGCACAGACGCCAAGACACGAGAGCGCUUCCUCUUCAACAAUUAUUCAUUGAUUCUAACCAUCAUAAGUGAUACCCAAGGCAAAUUAGCAACUGAACAGAAGCAGCAUUUGGAGGAGAUGUUAAAGAACAGUAGCAAGCGGUAG